AUGAUGUCUGAUGAAAAUUAUAUUCUGCAAAUGCAAGAAAUAGAUAUGAUUAAAAACAUGAUGUCAGAAAAUGAAAAUAUAUUCCAUCUAAAAAAAUGGAAUGGUGUUGCUAUGUGGAGCUGGGAUGUUCAAACUGAAAAUUGUGCGAUAUGUCGCUCCAAUAUUAUGGAUUCCUGUUUAGAAUGCCAAUCUAAGAACAAUCAAGAUUGUGUGUGUGUAUGGGGCAUGUGUAAUCAUUCCUUCCACCAUUGCUGCAUGUCCAUAUGGAUAAAAGAUCAUAACAACUGCCCUUUAUGUCAACAAGAAUGGUCCAUUCAACAGAUCGGAGAUUAAAAUAAUUAUUUAACUUAUUUGAAAAUAAAAUAUACAACAAAGACAGAGUUUAAUAACUUUUCCCGUUUAAAGUGUUUUUUUUAAUGUAAACCAUAAUUUAUAAAAAAAAAUUUUAUAUAUAUUAUAUACAUGACUGUGUGAUAUAUGAUUACUAUCAAAUGUUUUAUUG